ACGCAAGUGAGUGUGUGAGUUUGCGCGUUAGCUGAGUGAGUGCUGCUGCGUGGAUGAUGGCUGCGUCGAAGCCCGUAGAGCCUCAGUCCGGGAGUGGGCUCCCCCGCUGGCAGCUGGCACUCCUAGUAGGGACACCGAUCGUCCUAGGCGUCGGAGCUGUUUACCUGUGGAACCGAAGUCGCAGCAAGGGAAAGCAAGGGAAAAAGAAUGGAGAGAGGAAAACUCCCGAAGGAAGCGCUAGCCCUGUCCAGGGCCAGCACGGUGCGACUAACCCAGAGCUGGAGAACAUGAGUCCCCUUGACAGAGCACAAUCUGCGAAGAAUAAGGGCAACAAAUACUUCAAGGCUGGCAAAUAUGAGCAGGCCAUCCAGUGCUACACAGAAGCCAUCAGCCUAUGUCCCAAAGAACAGAAAGGAGAUCUGUCCACCUUCUACCAGAAUAGAGCUGCAGCCUACGAGCAACAGAUGAAAUGGACAGAAGUGAUACAGGAUUGCUCUCAGGCAGUCGAGCUGAAUCCUUGCUAUGUAAAAGCCCUUUUUAGGCGUGCCAAAGCACUGGAAAAACUGGAUAAUAAGAGGGAAUGCCUAGAAGAUGUGACUGCAGUAUGUAUUCUGGAGGUUUUCCAGAACCAGCAGAGUAUGCUACUUGCAGACAAGGUGCUGAAACAGCUGGGGAAAGAAAAGGCCAAAGAGAAAUACAAGAACCGGGAGCCUCUUAUGCCAUCUCCUCAGUUUAUCAAGUCCUACUUCAGCUCCUUUACUGAUGACAUCAUUUCACAGCCCCUACAGAAAGGUGAAAAGAAGGAUGAGGAUAAAGACAAAGAGGGUGAGGCUUCAGAGGUCACAGGAAGCUCAGGCUACCUAAAGGCUAAGCAGUAUAUGGAGGAGGAAAACUAUGAUAAGAUCAUCAGUGAGUGCACAAAGGAGAUUGAGUCUGGAGGCAGGUACACAGCUGAAGCUCUUCUGCUGAGAGCCACCUUCUACCUGCUGAUUGGCAACGCUACAGCCGCACAGCCUGAUCUUGACCGUGUCAUUAACAUGGAGAAUGCCAGUGUCAAGUUACGUGCUAAUGCGCUCAUUAAACGUGGAAGCAUGUACAUGCAGCAGCAGCAGCCCCAGCACUCCACGCAGGAUUUCAACAUGGCUGCAGAAAUUGACCCCCGUAAUGCUGAUGUCUACCAUCACAGGGGACAGUUGAAGAUUCUGCUGGAUCAGGUGGAGGAGGCUGUGGGAGAUUUUGAUGAGUGUAUAAAACUUCGACCAGACUCUGCACUCGCCCAGGCCCAGAAGUGCUUUGCAUUGUACCGACAGGCAUACACUGGAAACAACCCAUCCCAGGUUCAGAAAGCCAUGGAUGGCUUUGAGGAUGUCAUUAGGAGGUUUCUAAAGUGUGCUGAGGGCUAUGCUUUGUAUGCACAGGCACUAACUGACCAGCAACAGUUUGGUAAGGCUGAUGAAAUGUAUGAUAAAUGUAUUGAACUAGAGCCUGACAACGCCACGACAUAUGUCCACAAAGGUCUGUUGCAGCUUCAAUGGAAACAAGAUUUGGAAAUGGGGCUUGAACUCAUUAGCAAAGCCAUUGAAAUUGACAAUAAAUGCGACUUUGCUUAUGAAACAAUGGGAACCAUUGAAGUCCAAAGAGGCAAUCUGGACAAGGCUAUAGACAUGUUCAACAAGGCCAUCAACCUGGCCAAGUCAGAGAUGGAGAUGGCCCAUCUUUACUCCCUCUGUGAUGCUGCUUAUGCCCAGACGGAGGUGGCCAAGAAGUACGGGCUUAAGCCUCCCACGCUAUAACUCUUGCUUCCUUUCUCCACUCUACUGCCGGGCCAGAGUACACAUCUCAUAAGUUUGAUUUUUUUUUUUUUUUUUUUUUUUACUUCAUCAUAAAGAUGAUCAUUGUCAAUGAAAAGAAAGACCGAACAUGUUCUGCUAUCACGUGUUUACACCAAUUUUGAAGACUGGAAGUUGGAGGAGCAGCAGAAGGAAACGAGAAUGCAAAAACAAGCUUGUGAAAAAGACUGAUGGCUGCUCUGUUAAAGAUAAAAUUAUCACUGGCAUAGUUCAAAUCCUCCCUCAUUGAGUAUGGCUAUAUUAUGAUUUACAAACGGCGCUCAUUUGUUCAUGUUCAGCCUCCCCUGCCAAUUGGUAAUUAUUUCUUUCUCUUUUUUUUCCUCCAAAACACUAGAUUCACUAGGUUAAAUCAGUGUAUACCAUCAGCAGGACUGCGUUAUGUAUUCAUGGUUUGAUGCUGUAAUGUGCGUAAGCUUUGUCCUUUCACUGUCACAUCCUAACAAUCUUAUUUGCGUUCUUUGUUGUAUGGGAAAUGCAGGAUUAAAAUUUUAGUUGAGA